UUGACAGCCCUGAAGACAAACGUCAUCAAUUUCGAUGUCAUCUGGGUGGGCGUUCGAUGGUUGACUUGAAUAAAUUACUUUUCAUAUUUAGCGCCGAAAUUAUGUACUAAAAUUUUAAUAUUCCUGCGAGUACAUUUUGUUAAAUAAACUCAGACGCUGAUAUUGAGUUAUAAAUAUUACAUGCGGUGCACUUGGCAUUUCGAAAUCAACUAAGCAUGACCGUAACGACGUGGUGUAAACUUGUCAUCAACUCAUUUAUAUUACUUGCUCUCCUGAGCAAAGAGGGUGGCGCCAAGACAAACUCUAAAAACGCUGUGAUGGAGGAUGUAGCUGACUUCAAAGAUUUCAAGAAAUUAUUACGGACCAAAACGAAUGUACUGGUUUUGUUUGUCUCAGGAGUGAAGGAAGCACCUGUUGAGUUGAAGGUAUUCCGUGAAGCAGCCAAUGCAGUUCGUGGUACAGGUACUAUGGUACUGAUUGACUGCACACAAAGUGAACGCAAAAAAUUGUGUAAAAAGUUAAAAGUCUCGCCAAAUCCUUACAUAUUCAAACAUUACAAGGACGGAGAUUUUCAUAAAGAUUACGAGCGCCAAGUUACUCUUUCGUCUAUGGUUAAUUUCAUGCGUGACCCUGCCGGCGAUUUACCAUGGGAAGAGGAUCCGGUGGGAGCGGAUGUGUUACAUUUCGCCGAUUAUUCAUCAUUCCAGCGCCAUUUGCGCAAGGAUAUGCGUCCAAUGUUAGUCAUGUUCUAUGUACCUUGGUGUGGUUUUUGUAAACGCUUUAAACCAGACUAUUCUAAAGCAGCAACAGAAUUAAAAGGUAAAAACUAUGUCAUUGCGGCAAUGGAUGUAGAGCGCACGGAGAAUGCACCGGCAAGACGUGCAUAUAACAUUACAGGAUUCCCCACAAUAUUGUAUUUUGAGGGCGGUGAACUGAAACGUUCUUAUGAAGGUGAUAAUAAUAAAGAUGGUAUUGUUGCUUUUAUGAAAGACCCGGAAGCGGCGCCUGUCCAAAAAGAGAAAGAGGCAGAUUGGUCGUCUGAUCCAAACUCUGAAAUUGUACAUUUGACAAAACAGGGCUUCGAGCCUGCACUCAAAGACGAAAAAUCAGUUUUAGUUAUGUUCUACGCACCUUGGUGUGGCCAUUGCAAGCGUAUGAAGCCAGAAUAUGAGAAGGCCGCUGUAAUUAUGAAGGAUCGUAAAAUACGUGGCAUAUUAGCCGCUUUAGAUGCAACCAAGGAAAAGACAAUUGCAGAAAAAUUCAGCGUUCGCGGUUACCCAACUCUCAAAUAUUUCGUAAAUGGCGCUUUCAAAUUUGAUGUAAAUGUGCGCGAUGCAUCGAAAAUUGUCGACUUCAUGGCUGAUCCCAAAGAGCCACCACCCCCACCUCCGCCUGAAAAAUCUUGGGAAGAUGAAGAAAACACGGAAGUGCUCUUUUUAAACGAGGAGAAUUUUAGCACGAUUUUAAAACGUAAAAAACAUGCGCUCGUAAUGUUCUAUGCACCAUGGUGUGGCCACUGCAAGAAAGCAAAACCAGAAUUUAACGCUGCUGCCGAUGAACUAAAAGAUGAUCCACGAGUAGUAUUGGCUGCUGUGGAUUGCACCAAACAUCAAAGUCUAUGCCAGUCUCAUGGUGUUAACGGUUAUCCAACUAUUAUAUACUUUUCAUACCUCAAAACGAAAGCGGAUUACAAUAGUGGACGCAAUAGCAAAGACUUUGUUGCAUUCUUGACUAAUCCAAAUCUUUCUGCCAGUGAGACCGUACAGAUUAAGCACAAAGCAGAUGAGCUGUGAUGUCAAGGAAUUUAUGCAUUUACUUUUUUCAUGCCGUCAGGGAAACACCUCUGUCUAUUACUACCCAACGAACAAAACCUGCAGAUAUUCUAACUUAACUUCUAGGUUAUUAAAAAGUAUUUUUUAAUGUAAGUAUCUAAUCAUGUGAUUCAUUCUACUGUGCUCUCGAAAUUUAAUAAAAUGUAUUUUAAUAAAUAAACCUACCAACCAGUGCAAUUUUGGUAUAAAUCCUUUGUGUAGUUUCCUUACUGAAAUGGAAGGCUUCACUUUUUGGAGACAUCCAAAUUCAGAUGGCCGACCCAUUAAACAUAAGGUUGCCUAAAAUGGAUUGUAGCGGCCGAUAUUAUUAAACGGCCAGUAAUUAGCAGCAGACCUACACGUUCAGCAAUGACAUUUUUGCAAUUCUUUUUUCCCGAAAGCGCUGUGGAACUUUCUGAGAUCUAUUUUAAGUAGUACUGUGAAGAGUAGAAGGCACAAUAUUCAAUUCAAGGCAAUUCAAAAGUUACACAAUUCAAAAUUUGAGAAAAGCUGGGGGAAAUUUUUAUAAAUUUGUUGGAAAAAACCUAGGGUAAAUAAUUAGCCCAAAUAAUUAGCAUGUGCUAAGAAUUGGUUUUUACAUUUUCUGACUAACGUGUAAUUUUGAGUUGUGUCAAAUUUAAAGAACAUGUGCGAUAUGUAUAUCUAAUUCUUUUUUUUGAUUAUUUUAGUAACUUCAUUAAAAAAAGGCCUACUGAGUGUUUAGAAAGAUACAAUCACAUCACUUUUGUUUAUUCGCACAAAUUUUCAUUCGUCCGUUUAUUUUUUUUCACUUCCUUCCACAGUAGUAUAUUAUCUUAUAAUUCCUGCCCCAAAUGCGUUUACAAGCCACAACAUACUGCUACC